UAUUUGCAGGACAGGUACCAGGACUUAAGUAACGUGGAAGGUGGAAGUGUUGUUAAAAGAGUAGAAAGUGCCCUAGAGGCGCCAGGUUAAAGUAAUGGAUGACUGUCAAAUUUGACUUGUAGAAGCCAAGCAAAAGACUGGUAUCAUAGAACUACGAUUCACCCCAUGCUUUUACUUAACUCCCGGGAACUGUUUGUUGUGAUAAGAGUUUACUGAUUCAAUUCUGUCAACACACAAUUACAUUUAAUUAUGAGUCCUCCUGAUAGCAUAUUGUUGGACCAAUUAGAUGAGUAUCUUGACACAUAUAGUGGUCGUGACAAGUUUCUGAAGGCACUUUGUUAUUCUUUAAAAUUUGCAACUGGAUUUUAUGAGUCCCCAAAAGCUUUACAUGAUUUAAAGCUGGUUAGUUCAGAAAUUAGUAAUUGCCGAACCAUACUAAGAUUCCUUGAUUAUGUACCAGUCUUGAAGUAUGUGUUGUCCUACAAGUUUGGGAAAAAUGAGAAAGAUAAAUAUCUCAAGUUGAUAGGGAGAAUCAGCUGCAUUUUGGACAUUAUUUUCUACCCUCUGGAACAAGUUGCUUGGCUUGCUGAGCGAAAAAUCGUCAAAGUAAAUCCUGACCCUUGGUCUGAUGCGAGCACAGUGUGUUGGGUCAUCUCUCUUUAUCUUGGGCUCAUGAAAGCCCUGAGAAGCUUAAGUCUCUUAGAGCAACACAAGAAGUGUUUGAAGACAACUGAUGCAGAUGUCAGGUUUCCUAUGGAGCGUUUGCUUAUACAGCAAAGGGGACUCCUUCUAUUAGCUCUUCGCACAUCAUGUGAUUUAGUGUAUGCUAUACACUAUCUCCCUGAAGGAUUUCUUUGGUCUACAAAGCUAAAAACUUGGCAGGUAGGAGCAUUGGGAAUGGUUUCAGCUGGAAUUGGUAUUUUUCAGUCCCUUUCAUCUUGGACAAAAGUUCCAUCAUCCUAAAUCACUGAAGAUCUGUUCUUAAGUGUGCCAAAAGCCAUUCUGUUUAAUCCUUGUCCAACAUUUUAAUGCGAUGCUUACAUUUUCUUUGCCGGAAGAGGGUUAGCGUGGCUGUGACUGAUAAUACGAAUUGAAUCUGGGGGUAGACAAAGUUACCAUUUAAGUAAGUGUCAACAACAGGCACACACAUACUGAAAGGAAGGUGAAGGUUGGAUUUAGUGAGCUAUUCUAAACUCAUAUUUCCAAUGUUGUUAUUUUAGAAAAUACUUAUAUUGUUUUAGUCAUUUGUUUUUAAUGUCAUUGAAACAUAAAAAUUUUAUUGUCUGUUGAAUUGUGCCAUUUUGUAUUCUUGGACUGAUGUCUAUGACUGUGAAUGUCGGUGAUACAUGAGGAAAUAAUGUCAAAUGUGGUUCAUAUUAUGAAACACAAUUUAUAUUUUCAACAAAUAUAUACAUAAAGAUUUAUUAAAUAGCAUGCUCUUGAAUUUAAACAUUAGAAAAAUUUCUAAAGGCAUGUCAAGAGGAUUUUCUUAUUUAAAACAUUAGCCUCUUAACUCUUAACAGUAUGCAUAAAUGCUCAGCAUCUCAAUGUAUUAAAGGUAAGGGCAACAGUCUGUUUUCCUAUGAAGGUACUUUAAGACUUUGACAUUAGUAUGUCCUACUCGUAGAGUUGGUGUAAAACAAGAGCAUUGACUAAGAAGCAGUAUUCCAGGAGAGCAGUUGCUUUCAAAAGGUUUGCUCUACAUGUCAUGAGAGAGAAGUACCUCUAUAUGUAAAAUUAUUUGAUAAGCAGAAUAAAUCUUUCUAUACAUGUUGCUCUCUAUAUGUUUUAGAAAAACAGUAUUCCAUUCAUGAUUAUCAGCAAAAUAAGUCAUUUCAUUUUUCUAACAGCUGGAGUUUGAAAGUAGUGCCAUAAUUUGAAACCAUGUGAUACCCUGAUUAACUUAUCUCUCUUCUUAAAAGAAAAUAAAGUAAUUUUCUGGUUCUUAGGCAAUUAUUUUGAUUUCUAUUAAUUCCAUGCCAUGCUCUGUAGUAUUUUUACUUUUGUGGCACCAGCUGAGAAAUACAUCACAGCUUCCAUGGUUUGGUUAGAGUCUUCGUAAAACUUUGCGGUCCAUCAAAUUAGUUUCGAUUUCAGCCUGCUUGCAACAUACUGUUACUGAAUAAAAUUCUAGGUGAUGGUUUUUAA